GUUGUUGAAGUUGAAGUCUCAGAGGAAUAUGUUCCUGUACGGGAAAGUUGUAAAUAGUUUUUGAUAAAAUUUCAACAAAACGAAUUCUAAAAACGUAAGAUAAAUAAUUUGUGACAUAACUUAUAUAAUGUGAGUGCGAAAAGUGAUGGGAAACCAUAAACUGUGUGCCUUAUAAAACAAAAAGCUAUCAUCACAUACUAUACCCCAACGCCAUUUUGAGGCGAAAUUUUGUAUUAUAGCGAGUAGCGCGGAGAAUGGCCUGGGACGGCGGGAGCGUUCUAAUUAACUGACGGACGCCACCGGCUUACAGCUGGCGCAAGCAACAAGAAUGCCGCGUCCUGGCAGCCUCAAGGACCCAGACAUCGCGGAGUUAUUUAGUAAACAUGAUCCUGAAAAGAUCUUCGAGGACUUGCGUGAGAUCGGCCAUGGAUCUUUCGGCGCGGUCUACUACGCUCGCUGCAAUCUCACGAAGGAGAUUGUGGCUAUCAAGAAGAUGUCAUACUUGGGGAAACAGAGCGAGGAGAAAUGGCAGGAUAUUUUAAAGGAGAUAAAGUUUCUGAAGCAGUUAGAACAUCCAAAUACAAUAGAGUACAAGGGCUGUUAUAAACGUGAGCAUACGGCAUGGCUUGUUAUGGAGUACUGUGUUGGUUCUGCUUCUGAUAUUAUUGAGGUUCACAAACGGCCUUUGAGAGAAGAGGAAAUAGCAGCGAUCUGCGAAGGAGUUGUGUGCGGACUAUCAUAUCUUCAUAGUCUUGGGAGAAUUCAUCGUGACAUCAAAGCUGGAAAUAUCUUGCUCACGGAGAAUGGCACAGUCAAAUUGGCAGACUUUGGCAGUGCAAGCAUUAAGUGCCCAGCCAACAGUUUUGUUGGCACUCCGUAUUGGAUGGCGCCAGAGGUCAUUUUGGCGAUGGACGAAGGACAGUAUGAUGGGAAGGUGGAUGUGUGGUCUCUUGGUAUAACUUGCAUCGAGUUGGCGGAACGUAAGCCCCCUUACUUUAAUAUGAAUGCCAUGUCAGCGCUUUAUCAUAUAGCUCAGAAUGAUUCGCCAACACUACAAGCACCUGAAUGGACGGAUACAUUUCGUUAUUUCGUUGAAGCCUGUCUUCAAAAGAAUCCUCAAGACCGACCAUCUUCCACGAAAUUGUUGUCCCAUCCAUAUAUCACGAGGCCGCGCUCUCCUAAUGUGCUGGUGGAUUUAAUACAGAGGACGAAGGCUGCUGUGCGAGACCUAGAUAACCUCAGCUACAGAAAGAUGAAGAAGAUAUUAAUGAUAGAUGCAGACAAUGAGAGUGCCUUUGGAGACAGUGAAGAAAUGGCGGAGGAGCGAUCCGGUGGUGACAGCUCGAAGUCCAACUCUGCAACUUCUGAACACAGCGUAGCUGGUGCUUCCAGCCAGAGUUCUUCCUCUGGAAGUCUGCGGCGAAGACCUCAUCCCAUCAAUGCCAAUCAUCAUGGGCAACAUCAACCACAGUCGCAAUACCAACAAUUUAAUCACCAGCAUUCUUCUCAUUCUGCCAGAGCACGCAAGCGCUGGUUUUACUCAUGUUGCUGUUUCGUACGCAGAGAGAGUGAGAGCCCUCUGCCGACUUCGCACGACGACUACGUCAAUAGAGACGCGUUGCGGGAUUACGCAAAUAGGGAUUCUCUAUGCGACGACUACAGCGAGGACUACGCGAACAGAGAAGCGAUACGGGAGGCACAAAGGGAGAGAGAAAGGGAGAGGCAGGCGAACGAGUAUAGGGAGUAUGUGAACGCGCCGUCAACGUGGCAGCAAGACAGUGGAGACGACAACAGGAAUACUCAGCGCCGUGCUACACAUAGGGGUGUCAGCAAUAAUGUUUCUGCGGCAAUUUCACUUGUUUCGGAACAUGGUGCCAACAAUUUUGCUACAAUACGAACUACCAGCAUUGUUACAAAACAACAGAAAGAACAUAACCAUGAGAUGCACGAGCAGAUGUCCGGGUACAAGCGGAUGCGGCGUGAGCACCAGGCGGCGCUGCUGAAGCUGGAGGAGCGCUGCAAGGCCGACGUAGACGCGCACAAGGCGCAGCUCGACCGCGAGUACGACGCGCUGCUGCAGCAGCUCUCUCGCGACCUGGAGCGCCUGCAGACAAAGCAUGCGCAAGAGUUGGAGCGAAAACAAAAGCAAAAUGCUGCGGCGGAGAAGAAAUUGAUCAAAGAUAUUACCGCAAGGCAGGAACAAGAGCGCAAGGCGUUCGAAGCGCAACGUAAACGCGAGUACAAGGCGAACAAAGAGCGCUGGAAAAAAGAACUCAGUAUGGAUGAUGCUACGCCCAAGAGACAGAGGGAUGCUACAUUACAAUCGCAAAAAGACAACCUGAAACAAGCAGAGGAGGCGGAACAGGCUCGACUGGUGCGGUCGCAGCGUGAGUACCUGGAGCUGGAGCUGCGCCGCUUCCGUCGCCGCCGCAUGCUCGCCAUGCACUACAAAGAGCAGGAGUUGCUGCGAGAGGAACUAAAUAAAAGGCAACAACAGUUAGAGCAAGCUCACGCGAUGCUGCUACGGCAUCACGAAAAGACGCAAGAACUAGAGUAUAGGCAGCAGAAGGGUGUGCACGCAUUGAGAGAGGAGCAACUGGCAAACCAGCACGCGACGGAGCUGGCCAACCAGCGCGACUAUAUGCAGCGGCAGGAGCACGACCUUCGCAAAAAACAUGCGCUGCAACUUAAACAGCAGCCCAAGAGUCUUAAGCAAAAGGAAAUGCAAAUUCGAAAGCAGUUUCGGGAAACUUGUAAGAUACAGACACGUCAGUAUAAGGCGCUCAAAGCGCAAAUCCUGCAGAUGACCCCGAAAGAACAGCAAAAAGAAGUGAUAAAAGCGCUGAAAGAUGAGAAGCGACGAAAAUUAGUAAAACUUGGCGAGCAAUAUGACCUAAGCAUCACUGAUAUGCUGCAGAAGCAGACCAUCAAACUUGAUGAAAGUCAGAUGAUGGAGUGCCAACAGAAGAAGAUGCAACUGGAGCAUGAGCUGGAUAUGCUGACAGCGUACCAGAGCAAGAGCAAGAUGCAGGCGGAGGCGCAGCGCAACCGCGAGCGCCGCGAGCUCGAGGAGCGCGUCGCCGUCAGGCGGGCGCUGCUCGAGCAGAAGAUGGAGUCUGAAUGCGCUCAAUUCAUGGCCGAGCGCGCGGAACGAACUCGUUUGAUGCACGAGAGACACGAGCAAGAGCUCGCGCAGUUCGACAAUGAGAGCGCGCGCCUUGGUUUUAGUGCAAUGGCGAUCGCGGAGGGCAGCCGGGAGGGCUACGGAGAGGAGGAGCAGUCGUUGUCCGGUUCCAUGCUCUCGUUGGCACACAGCAACUCGUCGGCCAGCUUCCCCGCAGGAUCGCUUUAAUGCUCAUCACACUCCACCAGUACUGUUGCCACCACCCACCACAUGAGUUGCAUCUCAAAUGCAGUUAACGCACGUCAUACAAUUCGUAUAUUUCAUGUUCACUUGGUAUAUAAUUACAAUAAUUAUUCAAGUAACGUGGAUUAUGCAACACUUAUAAUUUUAUGAUUGUAGUAUUGUUACGUUAGAUAACAAAUAUUUUAGUAUUUUAUUGUGAAUUCAAUAAGGUAUUUACUAUUUAUUAUUUUUCCAUCAUUAUCUUAUAAUAAACCUCAAAAGCCAAGAAGCUGCCUCAAAAUCAAUAUUAAAUGUCAUGCUAUUCUUUGGACGGCAGUAGAAUCAAUUAUACAAAGCAGAUUACCAUGCUAGUCUAUUCAAAAUUAUAUUCUUUCCAAUAGAAAAAUAAUAAGUAAAAAAUCAUUAUAAAUAAUGAAACAGUUUGUUCACACUGUUUUAUGCUUAGAUAAUCUCUACCUAUUCACUCAAAUUAUUUUUAAGAAGAACAAGACUAAGUACAACUGUGGAACAACGGUUUCAUGUCGACAUCGUUAUAUUUGUCAAGAAAAUAAUUCCGAACAAAAUAAUAUUUAUUUAACUGCAUUUAAAAAUUUUAAAACUGGUUACUCAUAGUUUUCUUCACAUACGAAGUCCUGUUUAAGAGAAUAUCAAUUUGACAAAACUAGUGAAGGAUAAGUAUUAAUUUAAAUCAGGGUUCACCAAACUCUUCUGCCCGCUGUCUAACUAUACUAUCAGUCAAUUAAUAUAAUGAAGAAAUGUGGUUUGACAUAGUACUUAACAUUAUAUAUUGUAAUGUUAAAUGUUAUAUAUUAUGUCAAAUCGUGGGAUCAAUAGAGGCGACAGAGGAGAAUGAGACAGCAAACGGACAACAGCAUCUUUCUGAUAACGACUUAAAAUAAAAGUUUUAGUUACCAACCCGCUUGCCAAGCAUGGCAAUUAUAGUAAAUAUCCACCCUAUGAGACAAUAUAUUGGGUAGGCCUAUAUUCAGCAGUGGACUUUGACAGACUAAUGAAAAGAUGACUGUUCAAUAAGGAUUACUAUUUAUUUACAAUACGCAUGAUUAUGCUUAUACUGGACUUCGUAUUUGAAAUUAACAUAAGCUUUGUUAAAAAUAGUGAAUUUAGAAUCUAAUGUCAUUAUUUUAUAGUGUGUUUCAAUAAAUACGGAGAGGCCAGUUUUGAUGC